AUGAUCGGGUGGAAAGACUUGCUGCCCCGUACGCGCUCGGGAGACUCUACCAGGCAACCGAUGCACGUGAAAUGGAGAAGCUCGGAUACUUUCGCGCUUGCCACAGUCACUGCUGCUGUGUUUACUGAUAUGUUCCUCUACGGUGUAAUCGUACCAAUCUUGCCUUAUGCUUUGACGACUAGAUCUGGAGUGGCGGGGGAUGAUGCAAUAUUUGCCUAUAUGGCAGACCGCCUGUCUUCCCGACGAACGCCGCUCCUCGUUGGAUUAGUGGCACUUGCUGGGGGCACCGUCAUGCUUUGCGUGGGGAAUUCCGUCACUUUACUCGUUAUCGGCCGUAUUCUCCAAGGAGCGUCUGCGGCAGACGUUUGGGCUGUAGGGCUCGCUUUACUCAACGACACAGUGGGAUCAAAACGAAUAGGGCACGCAUUUGGGUAUAUCGGGCUGGGCAUGAGUGCUGCCAACCUACUCUCGCCUCUAUUAGGUGGUGUCGUUUAUGAGCACGCUGGAUAUAUAGCAGCUUACUUUAUCCCGUUCGCUUUGAUCGGCGUUGAUAUUGUCUUUCGACUUUUGCUCAUCGAACGCCGCGACACUCCGCAGCGCAUGGUUUCGGACAACAACCCCAAUCUGGAUUCCGACCACGCUACCAGUAAGCCAUGCGGCAUGACAACGCCGACCACGAUAGAUAUUAGCGACUGUCAUCGCCCGAAUCAAGCUAUACAGGAGUCCCUAGCAAGGUCUCCACCAGUACCAACAAGGAGAGAACGUUCUGGUAUGUACGGCAUGCUAUACAUGCUGACCUCAAAGCAUAUUUUGGUUGCUUUGGCUGGGAACCUCAUUGGUGGACUCCUCUUCUCUGCGUUUGAUGCAGUACUUCCACUGUUUGUCUCCGAAUCAUUCGAGUGGAAGUCUACAAAUGCUGGGCUUGUAUUUCUGCCUUUGGUGUUGCCUUCUGCUCUGGGGCCGCUAAUAGGCAAAACCGUAGACAGGUAUGGAUCCAAGUGGGUUGUUACUGCUGGAUUCAUCACCUUUGCGGCUUUUGUUAUACCUCUCCGUGCCGUUACCGAGAAUACUCUUGGGCACAAGGUUCUUCUUUGCGCCUUGCUUACAGGCAUUGGGUGUAGCAUUCCUCUUAUGCUGCCCCCACUGAUGGCCGAUGUAGCAAAGUCACUUACAAUUGAAGAGGAGCGCGACCCAGACAGAUACGGGUCGGUGGGACCUUAUUCUCGGGGCUUUGCCCUGUUGAAUAUGUUCUAUUCCUGCGGAAAUAUACUCGGUCCAGUCAUUGCAGGCUUGGUUAAAGAGCUAGCAGGUUGGAAAGUGGAAACACUUGCAAUGGGAAUAGUGGCAUUGGUAACUGCCCCAUUGAUGGCGGCACUGGUGGGCGGUAAUCUUCUAUAA